AUGGGCUUAAACUUUCCUAAAAUUGACAUCGACUUUCUAGGCUCUUUCCUAUUUCCUUGCAAUAAACGCAACCCUGCCCAUCUCGGUUGGUGGCUUAGGUUUAGGUACCGUGGUGGAUUUAGCACCUUCUGCCUUCUUGGCUUCUGCUGCUGCCACGGUUCCUCUCCAAAAUUUAUUGUUGCCCAGAGAUUAAAUAUAUUCCGACAAUUUCAGAACCCAAUGAGUUGGGAUCAUCUUGGUGAAGGUGGUCCCAAAUUCCGCCUGUGGUACCAGGCUGGACGACUCUUGUGUUCGUGUCAGUUUGGGACUGAGACUCGGUGCUUUCAGAGGGCAAACAUACCCACAAUUAAAAAACCCACGGGUCUUAUGGAGGAAAGUAGCCUCAGGCCCGAUGGGUAUACUAUUUCACCAUGGGCGCAGGGACGUUUCCUUGCUUGGGAUGUUACGUUCCCUCACACCAUGGCUGAAAAGUACAUUAAUCUUACCUCACAGGAGGCGGGUGCCGCUGCCUUAAGAGCCGCAGACUUUAAAAAUUCAAAAUAUGCGGCUCUUGCAGAAAGCAAAAUUUUUCAGCCAGUCUGCAUUGAGACCUUUGGUCUAACCGAUGCUCAGACUCAGAGUUUUCUGAAUGAAUUCUGUAGCAAGAUUGUAGAAGUAUCGGAAUACUUGAAAACAAAUAAAUUUAAAGUAAUCAGUUGUUUUGAGGCAAAGUCUCAUCUGGGAAAAGGCUUCAGAAUAUGUAUUGACAUCAAUAAUUCAGAUAGCACUUUCACAGAUUCUGCUCUCUGGGAUGAGGACACAAUCAUUCGUGAGUGGGUCUUCAAACCAAAUAAUAAUAUUGACAAAAAGAAUAAAAAUGAAAUUAGCAUUGAUGAUAAACACCUCAGUAACAACGACUCAAAUUAUUACACUGUUGAGGAAUUUUCUAAAAAUAUCUUAGAAUUACAAAAGCAUAUCGGCUGUGAUUUUAUCUCAAUAUUACAUUUAAAUGCUCGUAGUCUGUUUCACAAAUUAUUGAAUCCAGAGAUCUUGUUGAAACAAUUUGAUUUUAUCUUCAAAAUUAUUGUAAUAUCUGAGAGUUGGUUAAACGAUGAAACGGCUGAUUUAAUUAAAUUAAAUAAUUACAAUUUCGUAUACAAAAAUAGAAGAAAUAGACGUGGUGGCGGUGUUGGAAUGUUUAUAAAAGAUGAUGUAAAAUAUGUUGUAAAUGAAAGCAACAUAUUCGAUGAUGACAACGCUGACACACUUUGCGUGGAAUUUGAAUUGCAUCAAGCCUCACUACAUAACAUGAUCAAGAUAAUUGCCAUCUAUCGACCACCUAGUUAUAAAUAUGAGUCUUUUUUAGAAAAAAUUGAAUCGAUACUAAAUAGUCUAAAUCCACUUGAUAAAAUUUUCAUUGUCGGAGAUUUUAACAUUAAUCUAAUGGAUAAAACCUCCAAAGAUUUUCAAAACUUUUCAGAUCCUUAUCCAAUUUAUACAGUUGUAGAAAAUACAGGAUUUGUCACUACCGAUGCUCUGACUUUGAAAAGGAACAUAAAUAAGAGAAACAUUUCCCUAAUCAAGGAAGCUCUAUCUUCUGAAAAAUGGGAUUCAAUAACGGAUGAGAGUAACAUUGACACCUGUUGCAUGAAUUGUUAUAAUCAAUUAAAUAGAAUUCUUGAUAUUUACGCCCCAUUGCAACCGCUGAAACGGAAAAAUAAAAAGCCAUGGUUAAUGAAUCUUCAAAAAUAA